AUGAUACUGUUAUUGCUGUUCCUGGCUGUGGCUGUAGUGACUUCGGAAGAUAUAUUGCCUCGUUCUUGCGUUGAAAUCCAGGCCGGAUCAGGGGUCCACGAAAUCUAUCCCGAGUAUGGAUUCGAUGAACCGAUUGACGUGUUCUGUGAUCAAAGUUCUGAGGGUGGUGGCUGGAUUGUGAUUCAAAAUCGGUUCAAUGGGUCCGUUCACUUCUUCCGGGGUUGGAGUGAUUACGAGAAGGGAUUUGGUGACUGGCGCAGCGAGUUCUGGGUGGGAUUGAAAUCGAUUCAUCGGAUCACCUACUCCCAGCGUUAUGAACUACUUGUCCAGUUGGAACACACCAAUGGAAACAAAGUGUUUGCUAGCUACGAUUAUUUUGUGGUGUCUGGCCCGGAGGAGAAAUACAGACUCCAAAGUUUGGGAACUUAUUCAGGAACCGCACCCGAUGCAUUAACUUUUCACCUUAAUGCAUCAUUUUCGACAAUGGACCGAAACAACGCAGAAUGUUUUGCCAAUUGUGCUGCAGAUUAUUAUGGCGCUUGGUGGUUUAAAUGCUGUCAUGCUAGUGACUUGAACGGAUUACAUGUUUAUGGGAAUCCAACAAUAAAAACUUCGUCACGGAUGUCCUGGAAGACUCAGGUCAGAAUCAAAAUAUCGAGAAUGAUGAUUCGCCCAUGGAUGUUCGGCAGCAGAAAUGUGAACUAAAUGCGUUUGUACAUAAAGAUGAAUGUAGAUUUUCAAAAAUAUGUCAAUUUAUCAGUGAGGAACACUAUCCAAUUUUGUUAACCAUCUACCUGAAGGUUGCCAGAAUUAUUACCGCACGUAACCGAGCCGGCCAAAUCUGGGCUAUUUUAUUUUAAAACUGCCAAAUCCGGGCAUUUGAUUUUAUUAUGUUAAACUCAUAAUCCCGGCAACAUUCGGAAAAAUUUGGGAUAAACCGAUUAAUUCUUUAACAAAAAUCCAAAAAUAAAACACUUCAGUCCUU